GCUUUCCACGCUGGGGGCAUGGAAGUGGAAAAUCGCACCUUCCUUACUGAAUUCAUCCUGGUGGGCUUCUCAGCAGAUCCCCGGUGGCAGCUGAUUCUAUUUGGACUAUUUCUGUUACUCUAUCUGUUAACCUUGUCAGGCAACAUGAGCCUCGUUAUCCUAAUCUGGAUUGAUUCACGCCUGCAUACACCUAUGUACUUUUUCAUAGGUAGCCUUUCCUUUCUGGAUUUCUGGUACACCUCCGUGUAUAUCCCCAAAAUCUUGGCUAUUUGUGUUUCAGAGGAUAAGCGCAUCUCCCUGGCUGGAUGUGGGGCUCAGUUUUUCUUCUCCUGUGUUGUAGCCUACACCGAGGGCUAUCUCCUAGCAGCUAUGGCCUAUGACCGUCAUGCAGCAAUUUGUAAGCCACUACUGUAUUCAAGUGUUAUGUCUACUGCUCUGUGUACUGGGCUGGUGGCUGGCUGCUACAUAGGAGGAUUCCUGAAUGCCAUCGCGCACACUGCCAACACAUUCCGCCUGCGUUUCUGUGGUCAAAACAUCAUUGACCACUUUUUCUGUGAUGUACUACCCCUGGUUAAAAUGUCCUGUACGGAUACCCAGGAGUACGUGAAAAUCCUUACAUGUAUGGUUGGCUUCACUGUCUUCUCCUGCCUCCUCGUCAUCUUUCUCUCCUACUUCACCAUCCUCCUGGCUAUCCUGAGGAUUCGCUCAGCCUCAGGAAGGCGCAAGGCGUUUUCCACCUGUGCCUCCCACCUCAUCUCUGUCAUGCUGUUCUAUGGAUCCGUGCUCUUCAUAUAUUCAAGACCCAGCUCCUCCUACUCCCUGGAGAGAGACAAGGUGACUGCCUUGUUCUACACCAUCGUCAACCCUCUGCUCAACCCCCUCAUCUACAGCCUGAGAAACAAGGAUGUCAAAGAGGCCUUCAGGAAAGCCACGCAGAGCAUAUGUUCGUAA